CCAUUUUGUUGCAGUUCAGUGUCGGGAGGGAGAAGUGGCGCCUUUACGGCCACUAGUAACAACAUUUAAGCUUCGAGAGUGACGGAUUUGUAGGAAAUAUAGUUUUGCUGUGCUUCCUACAUUGUCUGCCGAAGGGAAUCCGAGGCUACCUAUACAUAUAUACAUAUUAUUUGACGAAAGGCUUAAACAACAAAGCCUGAAGAAGUCGCUUCGGCUUCUUUGAGAAUCGUGCGCCGAGGUGAAUUGAUGUUCAACUCGGCUUCACGGCAAAACAAAGAUCAUUGGCACAUGAGAAACUCAGACCUUGCUGGACUCACAAGUGCAGCGAGAAGUAGACAGAGAACUACUUCGAGGACCUGGGGACCGAUUGGUGGUGAAAGAUUAAAGCAAGAUCUCGUCGUCUUCAGCCUAACAACAAAGAGGUGACAGGUAGUACAGAAACAUGGGAGGUGGAGAGAGGUACAACAUUCCAAUUUCCCACCCCGAACGCCCCAAGAAAAGCCACCAGUUCGGCAAGGCCAAGCAGAGGAGCCGCGACCAGAGUGGAGCGGCAGCCGUAGUAGUGUCUAUGGGAGGGGCGGGGGGCCUUCAUCAUCAUGGUCACCGCCGGAACGACAAGGGCACCACCUACCACAGGUCUCCGGAGGCACGGCAGGCCGCGUCUGCGGAGAAGAAUGCUUCUAUCCGUUUGACCACCACCUAUGAUCAGAACUGGGAGGGUGCAGUGUCUCACCUUAAUACGCUGCUAGCAGCUCAGGGUAGCCCGAGUUAUGCAGGGCCUAAGUUCAGUGAGCCCCCCUCACCCAGUGUGUUGCCCAAACCCCCCAGUCAUUGGGUUUCUUUCCCUAUGGGAUCCUGUGAUCACAGGGAGAUGAUGGCCUUCCAGCUAAAGAGCCUCCUGAAAGUGCAGGCUUAAGAUCGAAACAUCCACCUCAAAUUUAUAUCGAGCCCAUGUACUGCGACUCUCUUUAGGUAUUUGCCUUUCGAGUUGCCAUGUGGUUGUAAUAUUCUUGUCAUUUUUGGCUUAAAACCUCUUAAAGUUGGGUAUAUAAUACUGUUGAUGAAUUAAAAACAACAGCUAUAAAAGAUAUUACAGCCACUUAGCGGUGCUGGAUGGUAAUGCCUUAAGUAGAGCCAGUUUCUUUAAGUGAUGACUGGAUCCGUUUUUUUUUUAAACUUCUGUUUUGUUUUGUUCUUUUUUAGUGUUGGCUGUUAACGCAGGCUGAGUGUCCUUUUUCCUCAAAUAGGGGUUUUAUUGUAGGUCAGGUAAAAUGCAUCACCUUUAUGGUCCAUUUCUUUGGACGGACACUUUAUUUCCACAUGUUUUGAAGUUGAACCUUUGGAGUGAGUUCCGAAGAUUCAGGUGCUAAAGCAGGUUCAUAUUUGUAGCAUUUUUUUAAAGCCCCCCCUCCCCAGAUUCCUAGAUAUCACUUUCCUUGUUUGGAAUGGAAAAAGGCACUCGACUGCAGUUCUGCAGGGAUAAAGCUAUUUUAUUUGACAUGCUAUUAGCCAUGUACAGGACAAGCUGAAAGACUGACCUCAAGGGGUAAUAAAGAGACCAUAGCACAAAGGCCUUGAACAACCAACUCCUGUACUUCUCUUUUCUUUGCGCUGUGCGCACAUGCACUAUAGGAGUUGAGUGUCCAAAGCCUGCUCCACUCUAUCAAAGCAUUAUUUUGUACAAGUCCUUUUGUUGCGAUUGAAAGCACUGUGUAACCAAAGCAAUGUUUUUGCUGCAUAUUUUUCACACCCUCUGUGUGGUCAAUAACUUCCACUCUUUGUACUUUGCCUCAGUGGUGAGUGGACAUUUCCUCGCUGUUCAUCUUUGCAAUCAGUACUGUUACUACCCCUCAGUGUCUCUCUUUAGCGCAGUGGUGCAGCUGUAACUUGCGGAAGAGGUAUGCACCAAAACGUGCUCCUGUGAGCUGCAGCCAUUUGUGCUGAAGUGAGAGAACGGAGGCGCUUUAACUUUAGCGAUGGUUCGCCCGAGGGUCUCUGCAUGAGACAGAAUGCGGAUGUUUGUUUACAAAUCCUCUCUUACUGACCAUCCAAUCAUCGGCACGCUUGUUGCCUAUUGCCGCUGCCUGUUUACCCUCUUGCACUGUAAUCGGACUUACCCUAAAUGGCAGGUUGGGAUGCUAUUGAAAUGAUGGAAAUGCAAUGGACUAUCUUUAUGAAUACUGUUGUGAGUUUUGGUCCUCUGUUGAGACUCUUUUCGUUUGUUUUUUUGUUUUGUUUUUCCCUUUGCAGAGUUGAAGCUGUUUAUGGCCAGCAUAGAAAAUAACAAAACAAAGCGAUUGUUAUUGUGGUCAGGAGCCAUGUAUAUAAUGAAAUGUAAAAAGUUCUUGUAGCAUAUGUACAUUUACAGGCCACCUUUGAUGCCUGUCUGGCAAAAGUAUUUUUAGUAAUAACACUGAAUGUAUAAGACAUGCAAAGGAAAUGUCUUAACUUCAAUGCUGAAGAAUAUUUUUGUUAAAAAAACGUAAAAAAUCUCCCUCGCCUAUAGCAUAUGCCGCACCCUACACUGUUAUCUUUACGGAGAUCUUGCACGUUUUUUAUUGUUUUAUAUGACACAGUGUAGGACGAAAGAUGCUAGAUGCAAAUGAAAUUAAAAGGACAAAAAAAAAAAAA